AUGCAAUUCCUAAAGGCGCAAUAUUACUUCCUAAUAUUUAUUAACUAUAGUACUAGGUAUUUUACAUACAAUCCAGAAGUCUACCAUGACCCUAUAACAUUCAAACCUGAACGCUUCCUCAAAACUGAAGAUCUAAGCCCAGAAACAGACCCUCAUAAGUAUGUCUUCGGCUUUGGCAGACGAAUCUGCCCGGGGCGCGUUCUUGCUGACCAAGCGCUGUUCCUCAAUAUCUCACAAUCCCUUGCUGUUUUCAACAUUGAGGGGCGAGCAGCUACUAGAGGGGAGGGUAGCCCUCAGUUACAGUUUACAUCGGGUGUCAUCAGCCACUCAGAACCGUUUGAGGCCUCGAUUAAACCGCGGUCUCCGCACCAUGAAGGCAUGAUACGCUCAAUUGAGGAGACACACCCGUGGAAGAAAGGAGAUGGAGAGGCUCUGAAGAGAUUGGAGCGAUCAUGA